AUGUCGCCCCCAAGCAGCGGUCUCCUCGACAGUGUCGAAGACUGGGACGAGAUCAAGGCUGACCUCAACCCCGACUGGGCCCUCAACAAAGAAUGGAAGUCAUACUGGAAACCAGCGCCAGCAGGCGGAAAACUGCAGCAAGCCAUCAAAAGAGUCAGAUCUUUUAUUCGAGCAAGAUCAUUACCCUCGCCUGAGAAGCUGCGCCCAACUGCCUAUUUGGAUGGGCUCCGGGGCUUUGCAGCCCUGCUCGUCUACUUUCACCACCAUGAGCUCUGGGCGCACGAGAUCAGUAAACAGACUCCCAUCUUUGAGAAUGGCUUUGGGUAUGAGGGAAACUAUUACUUUGUUUCCCUGCCUGGCAUCAGACACUUCUUCUCUGGAGGCCAUUACGCCGUGUCGACCUUCUUCGUCAUCUCGGGCUACGUCUUGUCGCUGAAGCCCCUCACCUUGAUCCAAGCCGGUGAACACCUUCAACUUGGCGACAACCUCGCCUCUGCACUCUUCAGACGCUGGCUCCGCCUCUUUCUCCCACUCAUCAUGGCAUUGCUCAUCUACAUCACGACAUGGCACCUAUUCGGCAUCUGGGUUCGCGACAUUGAUCAGCAAAAGACGUGGUUCGCCGAAGUUCGAGAAUUCUACAAGGAGUUCAAGAACUUUAGCUUCAUCUACAAAGUCGGCGGCGCACCGUGGCUCAGCCACGAUAGACACCUGUGGUCCAUACCCGUCGAGUUCAGAGGAUCCAUCGCCAUCUACGCGGCCAUGCAGGCCUUUUCACGCUGCACGCGAAAUGCUCGGCUAUGGUGCGAGGUCGGUCUUAUCGUGUACUUUAUGUACAUCACUGAUGGGUCGCACUACGCCAUGUUUACUGCUGGCAUGCUGCUCUGCGACUUGGACCUGUUGGCGAAGAGGGGAGAGCUGCCACGCUUCCUGGCACGUCUUGACUCAGUGAAGGAGUUCAUCUAUUACCACCUCCUCGUCUUCAGUCUGUUCCUUGGCGGAGUCCCCUCCGAGAACCGCGAGAUUGACCAGCUUGCAAAGAACCGUGGCUGGUACUAUCUAUCAGCUCUCAACCCUCAAGCCGUCUACGACUACAAGUGGUUCUACCUCUUCUGGGCCGCCGUGUUCCUGGUGGCUUCCAUCCCUCGAAUCCUGUGGCUCAAGGGCUUCUUCGAGACAAGAUUUUGCCAAUAUCUUGGCCGCAUCUCUUUUGCCCUGUACCUGGUCCACGGGCCAGUGCUCUGGACCCUUGGCGACAGGCUAUACCUGGCCACGGGUUGGCAGAAUGGGGACCUGAUGAAGGGCAUCCCCCACUGGGCAGAUAAGCUACUACUGCCGAGAACAGGGCCAUUGGGCCUGGAGAUUUCAUUCCUAAUGCCGCAUCUCAUCCUUAUGCCGUUGACCUUCGGCUUGGCUGAGCUGACGCACAGGUUUAUCGACACACCCAGUGUCAAAUUUGCAUCAUGGCUCUACAAGAAGGCCGUGGGGGAGUCACCCGGCAAGCAAGCACGAUCUUAG